AUGCCUGGAUUUGGCAUCGCUGGCCUCAGGCCGGGCACAUCUAUGCUCGUCGGUUUCUUUGCAAGGUCUCGGGCGGCCAUGAGCCCUACCUCGCGCAUCUUGCGCGCUGAAACUUGGGAGCUUGACUUGCUCCGUGCGUUGGCUGGUGUGGACAGCUCCAUUGUCUUGGCAAGCUGGAUCCGAUCAGACACCUUCAUGCUGGUUCUUGACUCCAGCUACCCCGGUCGGCAUUGUUGUCGCACAGCUGCUCAUGUCUGCUUCAGACUUCGCCCACGGAGGGUCUCCGCCAGCGUCGAGGCAUCUCGGAGGGUCAGGCUUUGCUGCAUCUCCUUCUGGCCUUCAGCGCAUUGA